AUGCCAUCUAUCAACAACUUCCUUGCAGUGGCAGCGGCUGAAGAAUGUAUGACUGCUGCAACCGUGGACUUUGGGUCGGUCACGGUCGUCGCUACCGGAUACAAAGGCUUGGACACACAGCUCCGAAGUCCUGAUGUGACAGAUCCCAAGGAGAGUGGGAGAGGCUUCUUCCGCGCUCGGAGAAGGGGCUCGAACAGAUCGUUGAGGAAAUCAGUUCUUCGCGACCAGAAGUGUAUGCCCAGUAUAAGGACCGCAGGCAAGCGGAAACGACGUACAAGUUCAGGCGACAAGUGGGAGGCGCUAUUGUUGGCUGCGAAGGCGAGAGACCAGGAAGCGAGACAGAAAGUGGAGGAUCCCGUUGAAUACUCAGCCGAGUUCAUGCAGUGGGUGACAUGGGGCUCAAAUCGGCAGAUUAUGGAGCGGUUUCGAGACGAGAACGACGAAAGGAGAGACUCGGAUCUGAGUUGUGUGCACUCAGAGUGCAGAGUGCAAAAUGAAGACGAGAAGGGAAGUGUGACAUGUGACAGGGAGGUGUUUGCGGAAUUCUUGCUCAGCACGACUCUCUUCGUUGUCAAGCACUCCGACGUACAGCACCGCCCACAGUCCGUCCAAGAGUACACCGGCUUUUCCAAGCAUUCUCCUUCCUCUUCCACCACCCCGAUGGCAGCAACCCCUGGCCCCCUCAGGAAGAAAGUCAGGGUGACAGUCGUCGCCGCUGACGGCCUGUCCAAGCGCGAUGUUUUCCGCCUCCCAGACCCCUUCGCAGUCAUCACUGUCGACGGUGAACAGACUAGCACCACCAGUGUUAUCAAGAAGACUCUGAACCCGUAUUGGAACGAAAGCUUUGAUAUCACUGUUAAGGAUUCGUCUGUUGUGGCUGUCCAGAUCUUUGACCAGCGCAAGUUCAAGCGAAAGGAUCAGGGUUUCCUGGGUGUUGUCAAUGUCCGGGUCAGCGACGUCCUCGAUUUAGAGCUAGGUGGCCAUGAAAUGCUCACCUUGGACCUCAAAAAAUCCAACGAUAAUCUUGUUGUUCAUGGCAAGCUCAUCAUGUAUCUGUCCACCAACGUCACCCAACCCAUCUCCAAUCCUGGACCGUCACAAGUGGCCGGUAUCGCGACAGCCUUGUCCGAAAUUGGUCUAAGCAGCGCUUCGCCUUCCGCAAGCACCACAAAUCUCACUCUCAACGCUUCGACUACAACCAGUGCCCUCUCCAGAACAGCUAGUUCCCACGCCACAGGCCCUGAUGUUGCAGGGCCAUCUGUCGCACCUUCAAACGUAACUUCUCCGGCGACCACCACCUCUGAAGAUCAUCAGGCACAACCUGUUGCCGUUUCCUCCCGACCGACUAGCACUGCGGCUUCUACGGCUCCUGCUACGACGGUCCCUGCUCAAGCCACAAGCACACAAGGGACGAUGUCCGCGACGCAGACGAACCAACAAAGCUCCCAAAUGAGGAACUUCAAUCCCAACGUUGAUCAAUACGGGCCUCUCCCCCCAGGGUGGGAAAGACGCAUCGAUCCUCUUGGGCGGACGUAUUACGUCGAUCACAACACCCGCACAACCACAUGGAAUCGUCCAUCACCAAAUGCAGCCGUAAACAAUUCAGCACAGGACAGUGAGACCAAUGCCGCUCGUGAUCAACACUCUCGACGUAUCUUGGCUGAUGACCUUUUGGAGGCCAACAAUAAUACCUAUCGAAGCAGCAGCACGACUCCGGCGCCAGCAGCUACCUCGCCAUCGCAAACCCAGCAACAGGCUCCCCCAGCAGCCAUUGCAACUUCGACAGCGACUACAGCGGGCACUGGUGCUUUACCGAAUGGAUGGGAGGAACGAUACACUCCGGAGGGCCGUCCGUACUAUGUCGAUCACAACACACGAACGACGACCUGGGUCGACCCUCGUCGACAGACCAUCAUUCGCGUCAUGGGGCCGAAUGGACAAGGAUCUGGUUUGCAACCCCAGACAAUCUCGCAACUUGGGCCGUUGCCGUCUGGAUGGGAGAUGCGGCUUACGUCGACCGCCCGUGUCUACUUCGUCGAUCACAACACAAAGACCACAACAUGGGACGACCCUCGUCUGCCGUCCACGCUUGACGCGAACGUGCCACAGUACAAGCGGGAUUUCAGAAGGAAGCUUAUUUACUUCAGAAGUCAACCUGCCAUGCGUGCUCAGCCUGGCAAUUGUCAGAUUAAGAUUAGGAGAAACCACAUCUUUGAGGAUAGCUAUGCGGAGAUCAUGAGGCAAACGCCAAACGAUCUCAAGAAGCGUCUCAUGAUUAAGUUCGACGGCGAAGAUGGGUUGGAUUAUGGUGGUUUGUCCAGAGAAUUUUUCUUCUUGCUCUCGCAUGAGAUGUUCAACCCAUUUUACUGUUUGUUCGAAUACUCUGCCCACGACAAUUACACUCUGCAGAUCAAUCCUGCCUCUGGUGUUAACCCGGAGCACUUGAACUACUUCAAGUUCAUCGGGCGCUGCUUGGGUCUGGGCAUCUUCCACCGCCGAUUCUUAGAUGCAUACUUCAUUGUCAGCUUCUACAAGAUGAUUCUGAAGAAGAAGGUCACGCUGUCUGAUUUGGAGAGUGUGGAUGCUGAGCUCCAUCGUGGACUGACAUGGAUGCUCGAGAACGAUAUCACAGAUAUCAUCGAUGAGACGUUUACAACGACAGAAGAGCGCUUCGGGGAGAUGGUCACCAUUGAGCUCAAGCCCGGAGGUGCCGAUGUUCCAGUCACCGAAGAGAACAAGAAAGAUUAUGUCGACCAUGUUGUGGAAUACCGCAUCUCGAAGCGAGUUAAGGAACAAUUCGAGGCUUUCAUGUCUGGGUUCAGCGAGCUCAUUCCGCAAGACCUUAUCACAGUCUUUGAUGAGCGUGAGCUGGAAUUGCUCAUCGGCGGAAUGUCAGAGAUUGAUGUCGAUGACUGGACGAAGUUCACCGACUACCGAGGAUACGAGGUCAACGAUGAGGUCAUCCAAUGGUUCUGGAAGUGUGUACGAAGCUGGCCACCAGAGCGCAAGUCGCGGCUGCUGCAGUUCGCCACGGGCACCUCACGAAUCCCGGUCAACGGCUUCAAGGAUCUCCAGGGUUCGGAUGGCCCGAGACGCUUCACGAUCGAGAAGUCAGGUGAUCCAUCGCAGUUGCCAAAGAGUCAUACUUGUUUCAAUCGUAUCGACUUGCCUCCGUACAAGGAUUAUGCAAGCCUGGAGCAGAAGCUCACGCUUGCCGUCGAAGAGACUGUUGGUUUCGGGCAGGAGUAA